AAAACUGUAAAAUUCGAACGUCAAUAUCACAAAAUUGUCGUUUGAAAUGUCACGUAGAAAAUUUUCGUUCAUGGAUAAAUAAAUGAUUUAGAAAACAUAGUUUCCACCCAAAAUUAAAAGCGAUUCUUCCAAAAUGGCUGAUCCCGAUAACAACCAGACGAUAUUUUGGGAGGCGAUGAAAGAGAAAUACGAGAGGAGGAACGAGAGUUUAAGACAACAAGAAAUAUGCCUGAGGAAAAGACUGGAACAGCUGAAACAAAUAAUGGAUAAACAGAAGGCUGGGGAAGAUUGUGAUUGUGUACCAGAAAAACUGGAGAAGCCAAGCUUGGUGCAAUGUUUGGUGGAAAAGGGAAAAAAUUUGAUACUUGGUAGCUGCAAAUGUGGGGAUCCCAAAAUAGGCGAAGAUUUGUUAUGCGCUUGUCAUAUUCAAGAUCCGAAAGCGCCAAUCAAUGUUGAUCCGAAUUUAUGCCCGAAUCAAGAAUCGCCCGAACCAGAAGGUUGUUUGAACACAACGUGUGAUUUCUACGACCCAACAUUGGCGCGUUUAGCCGAGAAUCCAAGUACAUUCUCUUUGAAAACGACAGAUAUUUAUUAUAUGGAUAAGCUGGCAGACCUCGUCAAAGCAGAAAAAAACAUGCAAGUGAAAAUUGAAGAUUUAGAAAAAAGAGAACAUUCUUAUCUCACUGCCAUUCACGAUCUACAAGAAGCUAUGAAGAAACAACCUAGACCAGACCCGAUGAACAAAGAAUUCAAAAAAUUGACCGAGGGUUUGGAAGAAGAGAAUAAAAAGCUAAGAAAUGAAAUCCAGGACCUGCGUCUGGAGCUGAAGCAUUGUUUCGAGAGGGUUGAGGGACCGUUGAGGAGGAGUUUAGAGGAUCAACGAGAUAAAUGUUUCAAGUUGGAGAACCAGCUGAAGGAUCUUCAAGUCGGAGCCAAAAUGAAAGAAGAUUCCUACAUGAAACAAAUCAACGAAGUCAAGGCCAAGCUUUGCCAGGCCUGUUGCACGAUGGUGGAUCUGAACAACGUCAAUGCCAAACUGAAAAACGACUUGGAUUUCCUGCAAAACAAAUGCGCGACUUUGGAAGACGAACUGUUGAAGCAACAGCUGAAGGAGGCUGAGAAUAUUUUGAAAUUCAAGAACGCUUUAGCUAGGAGGAGUCCGAAGAAUAAGAUACAAGCGAAGGGUGAUGAAUCCGAGGACCUAGGCCAUAUUGCUAAAAAGUUGGGCGACACGUUGAAGGAGGUUUGUCCUUGUGUCUCCGACGUUCCUUCGGGGUUGGCCGAGACUGCUGAAAAUAUAAGGCAACUGACGGAAUUGGUCGGAGAAAAAGGCGCGCAACAACGUAGGAAGAGGAAGGGGAGGAUUCACCAGGUCUCCACAAGUUCGUGUGCAUGCGGGAGUGACCCUCCAUCAAUACCCGACACUUCUACUAAACCUGCUUUGGUGGACAGCUGCACUUGCUCAAAUUCCUCGUUGAGAUUGAAGCCGAGGGUAGGAAAGAACGACUUCACUGAAGAUUCCUUGUUCGGACGCUCAUCUGCGACUUUAGCGUCCAUACCAACAAUGAAAAUAGGAGCGCCCAAAUACGCAUCAACUCCCAAAUCUUCCAUCGCUCCGGUGAAACGAACAGCCUCUAAAGGCUGCACUUGCUGCCCAACCACGACCGAAUGCGACCAUCCCAACGUCGAGCAACAAUCCAUAGAAACGCUAUGCUCUUGCACGGACGUCGACAAGAAAAUCGGACCUUCGGAAGAGGUGAUCGCUGUAAAGAACCUCGGCACCUUGAGCAUGCCUCCCGGAAAUGUCGUUUGUCAAGCGUUCGACCUCUCGAGCUUCAACCAAACCAAAUCUAGAAGGGAAAAAUUGGCUGUGGACACGACCUGCGAUGUUCUGGACACUCCGCCGAAGGACAUACACAUUGUGACGACGAUUGCGAAAACUGGUUCCUUGGAAAUAACGACUGAAGGUCCGCCAGGUAUCAUAGAGACCAAAGUCAACUAUCUGCCGGACGGUAAGAUUGAAAUAGUCACCAAGCUCAUCGAUCGUCACAACAUGAACAAUUUCCUGGAUGGUACCUUGCUUCACUUACCCGAAGGUCCUCCGGAUUGCGACGAGAGCCAUACUUGUGGAGGACAGUGCGAGGAUAUCUCUGCAACUGGUUGCCCCGAAGUCGACUGCAAUAAGAGCCUAACUUGUGGGGGUAUAUGUGACAGUGAAGCUACCCAAGAUCACUCUGAACCUGCAGAGGAGAAGUUAGAGGUCGUGGCUGAUAUGGCAACCAACGAAGUUGUGAACAAUACAUCGCCGUAUGGUCAAGUUGUAGUGAACAAUAAUUUCGUCUUGAAGACGAACCUUUUGGCAACCAAAGAAUGGAAAAACGUCAACUUCCAAGAAGAUCCCAUGGAGGAAACGCCUCCAGGAGAUAUGGUAACCGUGGCAAAAACCAAGCGCAAGCGACAGGAGAAGAAUGCGGUUCAUGCAGACGUCACAAGUGAGGAAGAAAUGUUAAGACUCUCGUCCAGGCAGUCUUUGACGGACGUUGAAAGAGGAGGGAAAGAUGACAAAACGGUGGGUUCCUCUGGAAGUCUAGUCUUGCACGAGACUCUGGAUACCAUCAGUGAAGAAAACGAAGAUUUGACGGAUCCCAGUAAAACUGACAAUGAGAACGAAGAAAACAGCGAAUCCGACGUUUCAAAUGGCGUAAUCAUGGAAGAAUCUGAUACGACCGAGAAAAAUGAGGACCCAAGAUCUGUCGACAACGAAGACGUCAUCCAAAUAGAAGAUAAUACCGCACCAGAAGAGUUGAAAGAAGAGGAGGUGGUUGGAACUUCAUCAACGAGAAUGGCCGAAGAUUUUGAAUCGUCCCGAAUCGAAGAUCUAGCUAGAGUUACUCUUCCUCCCCAGAAUCUCAAUGAUGAAGGCGUAGAUGUAUCCGACAUAAGGGAAUCUCUGAAGAAUUGUGAAAGCGCGACCGUAACUUCAUCGGAUUGUCAGAUAACGGAGGCUUUCUUCAGACUAUCGAAGAAUCUCAACGUCUUCAACGGCAGGAUAACGCUGAAACAGUCCAAGUCCAUGUACGAGAAGAAGGGAAGCAGAUCGGAAUACUUGAGGAUCUGCAAAUCCGCCACCCUGUCUCUAGGAAGCUUGAAGAUAGAUAUGGAACGGUUGAAAUUGUCGUCGAUCGGUCCAAAUGUGGGCGAUUUCGGUGGGUCAAGGUCAGAAGAUCGGAUUUUGCCGGAAAACAUUCGAUUCGCAUCUAAACCUCCGGAGGAAAAAGACGACAAGAUGAUAUCAGGGGCGCUCAAGGAAGGCUGCAACUUCGCGGAAACGUACCAACCUGUUUUGGAACAGACCUACCAGUGCUACGUGUGCAGCUGCUCGAACCAGAAGGAUAAGGACGAUAAACAGAAGAAGAACGUCCAGAAUACCCGAAACAACCAAGGCUUGGAGGAGAGAAUCGACCGUUUGCUCGAGAUAGACCCUCUGGCAACUGGUCACGGAGUCGACUGUCAGUGCGUGGACUGUCUGGUCCAAAACGCGCAAAGGCAUAACGUGAGGGAGGAUUGCAAGUGUUCCAGAAAAAAACAAGAAAAACCCGAUCCUUCGACGAAACGAUGCAAGUGCGGCUCUAAAAAAGAGAUUCCGAUGAUACCCAAGCCGGAAGGUCCGAAACAUCAAGGGGACAACUUGCAACACGGCGAAAAUUGCACGUGCGUCGACUGCAUCUGCAACCCUUGCAACUUCAAGAAGGACACGUCUUGCGACUGCCCAAAAUGCGAAUGCGACACCUGUUGCGGCAAAGACAAGCGCCUGACCACUCUGAUGACCUUCGAACUGCCCAAACCCCAGGAAAUAACGGUCAUGAACGUCAGCAUGCCUUGCGAUUGCGGCGGGCAGUGCCCUUGCAACCCUUGCAUGGACGCCAGCAAGAAGCCUAAGCCUGCGGCUAGGCCGCAACCUCAGCCCAAAGCCCAGGAGACGGCCUGCAAACGGUGCGCUGGUAGAGUGCCUAGUGCCGAAGGGGCCAAGAAGUCAGAUUUACCUGUCGGAUCGUCGAAGAUCAAAGCCGAAACCAAGACGGUAUCACCGGUCGCCACUCUUCCCGACACGUGGAAAAACGUGGUCGGAUGUUCCUGCGCCCCCACCGUCGACGAUAAAAAGGCCGUGUGCGACUGUAAAACGUGCGAAUGUAAGCCGUGCGGUUACCCGGAGAAAGCAAGAACCCCCUGCGACUGCAAACCGGCCAAGAAAGAACGGAAACCACCUUCAGGUAAAUGCGACUGUAAGAUAUGUCAGUGUGAAUCUAUCGGCGAUACUCUUAACACGUCUAUAAAUUGCGACUGUAAACUGUGCGAAUGCUUGUUCUGUUCGGAUUUGAAGGCAAGGAAACAAUCUGAUGAAAGGAAACCGCCUCGGAUGGAAGCGAAAGAGGAGACCAUAGUGCCCAAGAAGGUUCCACCUGGUUCUCAACAGAAGAUCUGCGGGUGUAAACCGAAAUGUUUAUGCGACUCUUGCCCGGUCUACGCUGGAACGAUGGAAGCGAAGGAGGAGACCGUAGUGCCCAAGAAGGUUCCACCUGGGUCUCAACAGAUCUGCGGGUGCAAACCGAAAUGUUUAUGCGAGUCUUGCCCGGUCUACGCUGAAACCAUUGGGGAUGUUGGCGGUACCAAAUGCGACUGCGCGAAAUGCGAGUGCGACCCUUGUUUCGACCCACAUUCACCUGCAGUGGAGAACCUGACGAAGUUUCUGAACGAAGUGAAAACUAGGGAAGGGGAGAAAAAGGAGAAGUUCGACCAGAAAGUAUCCUGCGACUGUGGCAGCACGUGCGAAUGCGAUGAUUGCAAGGGAAAACAACACGAAACGUCGAUGAAGGAGAACAUUGGAGAUAACGGUUCCAAAAAGACGGCUUGCGACUGCGCCACUUGCGACUGUGAAAACUGCGCGGGAAAACCUGAAGCCGAGAAAAACAAAGGAGAUGUAUCCGAUAAGAUUAAAGGUGAGCCUAAAAAAGGGCAAGAUAAAAUCUGCCCCUGCAUGAAAAUGGACACAAACGAACCCGUGGAGGAAUGUCACGAUUGCGGCAUAUGCUCAAUGGUAUUAGCCAUAUCCACAGACGAGGAGGAAGUGGAGAUGCCCCCAUCUAAGAUACCAUGUAAUUGCUGCAAGCCCUGCGUAUGUUCCCCUUGCCCAGACCCGAAUAUCAGAGGGGAGCAGAAGCCUCAGAUGAUGGGCGACGCCGAUCGCGCCAAAGAGGAGAUACAGAACGCGCUGAAUAAGAUUGGCUGCACCUGCGACCAGGUGGAGGUCAAUUUGCAACCUCUGGUCAAACAAGCUUCGAAUUUCGAGACCACCGUAUCGAAGAUGAAGAUGAAACUGAACAAUUUACAGCAGAAGUGCAAGGACAAGGAUCAGAUCAUCGAAUCGAUGACGAGGGAUUUGAGGAUGAGGAGUGAAUCUGGCGUUUUCGCUGAUCUCCUACACGAUCUCGCGCAUCCAACAGCUCCGAGGUACACUCCCGAUUUCAACAGGACCUACGUAUGCGAAUUUUUACCAAAACCUAGGCACACCAUCGGGGCCAAGCUGCAACCCAAACGUAGCUCCUUGUGCCGUUUCGAUAACAGGCUGGAGCCUAUUCUGGAACUGGACAGGUACCUCCCAGGCACCAAGGAGGAGGUGGCCGUAUGUCCGAAGGCCUUUGACGUCUCUGGUAUGGAAAUUAUCGAUAUAAGGAGGGUGACCAUCGACAGCAUCCUCAUAAAGUGGCGAGGUCCGCCUUGCGUGACCGGCGUCACGGGCUAUCAGAUCUUCGUGAACGACGAAUUGAGAUACAGGGUCCUCAGUCCGAACAGAACGAACGCGGUCAUCGAUUCGCUCGAUCUUAGCAGUUCCAUAGAGAUCAUGCUGUUCGCGAUCACUGGUUGCGGCAGGUGCGAGCCACCCGCCUUGGCCACGUACAGAAUUUAAUGUGCUUUGUUCGUUGAUUCGUCAAUUUUUAAAUAAAUAAAUUGAUUCACAAA